CAGAAACUACAGCUUCGAAAUAUACACUAGACACAGUUUAUUUGUCCAUUUGUUUAUACCAAUACCCACUGUAUUUAAGCUACAGCAUGAACCAGGAAUGUACCAGAAAGCUACAAACUGCAACCAGAGACAAGCUCAGAAAAUUUAACCGUCUGCGCGGGCGAGAGGUGCAGCCCGGUGAGUUUUGGGAUGUGGUGGUUGUGACGGCCGUGGACGGGAGCCAGAGAGAAGCGUACGAGCUGCAGAUCAGAGAGAAAGUUGACAGGAGAGAGCUUCCUCUUGGGAUUCAAUACAAAGUCUUUUCAGAUCCACCAGGGUCGAAAAUAGGGAAUGGGGGCUCCACUCUGUACGCACUGCAGCAGCUGAAUGACAUCUAUGGAAAAACUCUGGACAAACUGAGAGUCAUCCUGAUCCAUGCAGGAGGGUUCAGUCAGCGUCUUCCCAGUGCCAGCGCUCUGGGAAAGAUUUUCAUGGCCUUGCCACUGGGUGACCCCAUCUACCAGAUGUUGGAGCUCAAACUGGCCAUGUACGUGGACUUCCCGUCACAAAUGAAGCCUGGUGUCCUGGUGACCUGUGCGGAUGACAUAGAGCUCUAUAGUAUUGCAGAGGAAGAGGGUGUUAAGUUUGAUAAACCUGGCUUCACAGCUUUGGCCCACCCCUCCCCACUCUCUGUAGGAACUACCCACGGUGUGUUUGUGUUGGAUCCACAUGAAAAGUCUUCUCACUCGGAAAUGGAGAACACUUCCUGUCUGUGCUUUCUGCACAAGCCGAGCGUUGAUAAGAUGCGAGAGAGCGGAGCAGUUUGUGAAAGGCGAUGCGGGCUGUUUUCUCUGUCCGACACUGAGUUUGUGUACACGGACAGUACCUAUUACGUUGAUAUGGAUACCGCAAAGUCUCUUCUCAAGCUACUGAAAGAGUUGGGGCCUUUGGACUGUGAGAUAGACGCAUAUGGCGACUUUCUUCAAGCACUGGGCCCUAAAGCCACCAUAGAAUACACCAACAACACUGCUAAUGUCACCAAGGAGGAGAGCAGUCUGGUGGAAAUCCGCCAAAAGAUCUUCCAUCUUCUGAAAGGGACUCCUCUGAAUGUCAUUCUCCUCAACAACUCCAAGUUUUAUCACAUUGGAACCACUUCAGAAUACCUCUGUCACCUGACUGAGGAUGCAGCUCUGAGGAGAGAGCUGGGUCUCCUAUCCUCAACCUUCAGUGUAAAUGAAAACUCUGAAGACUCCUCCGGCUACUGUGUCAUGUACAGCGUCCUUGAUCCCAGCUGCUCUGUGGGAGCUGGAUCAGUGGUGGAGUACUCCAGCCUGGCAGCAGGAGUGUCUGUAGGUAGGGGCUCCAUCGUCAGCGGCUGCUGGGUCAGUCCAGGCCUCUCUGUGCCCGAUGGAGCCUUCAUUCACUCUCUGUGCGUGAACCACCAGCACCGAACCAUGUUUGUUACCGUCUUCUUUGGGAUUAACGACAACCUCAAGCGCAGUGUGGAUGCCCCUGCUUACAUGGAAAAGCUGAAGUUUUUUGGGCUCAGCAUGACCGAGUGUCUUUCCCACUGGAAGAUGGAGAACAAAGACCUGAGGUUCUCUGGCGACUCAUCCAGCUGUAGCUUGUGGAACGCCUGUCUGUUUCCCGUUUGCUCGGACCAGCAAAGCUCAUUCUCUCUGUCUCUGAGGAUGCUGGACGCCGUCCUGAGUGACUCCGCGAUGCCCCUGCCCAAAGGCACAGAGCUGAUGUCGAUGCAGGAGUGUUUGCAGUGUAAGAACCUGGAGGAGAUGCUGAAGCUCAGGAAGGGUCUAUAUGACGCCAUCAGACAGAGGAGACCGAGCAACUGAAACAGACGGGAGAAACAGAACUGUUCACAGAUCUUUAGCUCACAUGUACUGGUUAUGUUUUAUGUUGUCAAACAAUGACACUGGUUGCACUAUAAAUGAUUGGUGGUGUGUUUUCAUAUGGUUGUUGAUCAAUCAGGGCUAAGAGUUCAAUUUUAAUUCUAAGUUGUUAUUAUUUAGUUUCUUUCAAUUAAAAAUUAUGCAUUCUGAUUGUUUCAAAAUCUUUUGUUGCUAUUUAUGUCUUCCGCAUCCACUCCUUUAAACAAGCACUGAAUAAAAUUUGCACACAGAUCUGUGGUAGUUUUCUAAA